UGCCAGAUACACACACCAAUUGGACUCUCCUCUAAUAUUCUUUUCAUUUUCACCAUCUUUUUCGCAGUAAACAAAAUGCAGCGUAACUGUGUAAGAGGGAAUCGUUGACCCAAUGAAGAGAAGUUGGAUUUGGAUUUUUGAACCAAAAAGAUGAACAGUGAAUAACAACAACAACAACAAAACAGAGGCAGAGGAUAUUCUGUAAACUAGAGUCAAUCAAAAAUGGGGAAGGUAACAGUUCCAUUUGUAGGGAUGAUAAUAGCAGAAUGCAUUCAAGUCGCGUUAAUCAUAUUAAGCAAACAAGUCAUGUCUCAAGGAAUGACCAGUUUCAUUUUCAUCUUCUACUCAAACACCAUCGCUGCUCUCGUUCUUCUCCCAUCUUCUUUCUUCAUCCACAGAUUUCAACGUCCUCCAAUCACUUUUUCCACUCUUUCUGGAUUCUUCAUUCUUGGACUACUUGGUUAUUUGGCGCAGGUUUUCGGAUAUGCUGGGAUUAACUACAGCUCAUCAACACUUGCCACUGCAAUGCUUAAUCUUGUUCCUGGUUUUACCUUCAUCCUUGCUGUUCUUUUCAGAAUGGAAGAAUUAGAUUGGAGAAGCCCUAGCAGCCUAGCUAAAUCAUUGGGAACAAUAGUAUCAAUUGCCGGUGCUUUUAUUGCAACUUUGUACAAGGGUGCUGCACUUCUGAAGGGACCAUCACCUGCAAACUUUUCUCAGCAGCCACUUUUCUCACAAGAUUCUGAUUGGAUACUCGGAGGAUUAUUUCUUGCAGCUGAUUGUGUGAUGGCUUCAUCAUUUACUAUAGUACAGGCUUCUAUUCUUAAAAAAUAUCCAGCAGGGUUGAUUGUUGUAUUCUUUUAUUGUUUCUUUGUGGCCAUUCUAUCUGCUGUGACCUGUUUGGCUGUGGAAAGAGACAUCAGUGCUUGGAGCUUGGAACCCAAGCUGAGGUUGCUAUCAGUUUUAUACUCGGGAGUCUUUGGCUCUGCCUUUCAAGUUGGGGUGACUACCUGGUGUUUGCACCAGACAGGACCUGUUUUUGUUUCCAUGUUCAAGCCCAUAGGAAUUGUCAUAUCGGUUGUUAUAGGUGUUCUCUUCCUUGGUGAUGCAUUCUAUCUUGGAAGUUUGAUUGGUGCUACUGUGAUUGUUAUUGGGUUUUAUUCUGUACUGUGGGGGAAAUCCAAAGAUAUUGAAGCGAGAAGCUUGGAAUCAAGAGGCAAGCAGACCCCUCUUUUGAAGGAAAACAGCAGUGAAGACGUAUGAAGUUGUUGUUAGUUCAUUUAAAAGGAUGCUACAAUUCUGCAAUGAAUUAGACUGUUUCAAUUGUUUUACUCAGAGUAAAGGAAACAACUUUGACUCUGAGAAGUAUAUAAUUUUUCUCUUUUAAGGGGGCAUGGAUAGUUUUGUGAUUAAAGCUAUAGGUCAAAUCAUCAAGAACUAUUUGAAUUCAAAUGGUUUAAUAAUAGAACAGAAGUUGUCAAUUGAUUCAUAUAGCCAACCAGCCAACCCCAUAUAGUGAUAAAAGUCUUUGAUUGUUGUUGCCAGAAAAACUUCGAAGAUUGUUGUUGUUAAUGUGGGUCUAGGAGGGAGAUCAAUAUAUUACUAGUUUGAAGGUGAGUUGCAACCUUUUUUGUUUGCAAAAUCUUGAAGAAAAACUAUUGUUGUAAUACUAUGUAAGGUAUAUACAGUUUACAAACACUCUGUUUGAUUACAAUACAACUGCGAAAGAUAUCAAUCUAAAA